CGAACAGUCAGUCACUGCCCUAAUCCUACGCAGACGAUACAAAAUUACAAACCCAACAGGCUUACAGGCAACAGGCCAAUUGACUUCGUUCGCAACAGCGGGACAAAGGGAAGCAACAGCGAGGGAAAACCCCAUUCCUCGUCUCUGCUCCUCUCAAUCACCAUCGCCCCCCUCUCUCUCCGAUCACUGCAUCUCUUCUCCGCCUGGUCGGCGGUCGGACGGCGCAAUGGACAUUAAGGUGUGUGGGGUAUGUGGCAGUGGUAGCAACUCUGCUCUUAUUGUGAAGUGUGUUCGGUGCAAUGAUUAUGAACACCGUUAUUGUAUGAAGGUGGUGGCACGGGUAUCUCCACAGGAAUGGUAUUGUGCCAAAUGCCAAGAGCAUACCAACAGAGGCCCGAAACCUAGUCAAGGUGGGCAAACGGAGCUCCAAAAGCCAUGUCAUGGUCGUGAUAUGACGAGCGAGAGGGAAACUUCGAAGUUGCACCUCAGUCAAAGCAGCGUAGUGCAUCAAAUAAUAAGUCCCAAAUCUCUGAACAGAUUUGAAAAUGCUAAAGUGAAGUUCAUCUCUUCUGAAGAAGUGGCAUUAUUGAGUAGAGAGAGGCCACCAUCUGUUACAUCAAGAUUUACUUUGUCGCAGCCAAGCAAGGCAUCAUCUCCUCCAACUACAAAACACUUGUCCAAUAUGAAUUGUGUAUCCCCAAGCAGGAGUGAUAAAAAUGUGCAAGCCCUGAAACGAUGUGCUGAUGCAAGUCAUAGUCAAGCAGAACUUGAGGAUAGGUCAUAUUCUGCUAUGCAGCAAAGGCGGGUUCAUCCUGCAUCUCCUUCAAGCAUGAAGCAGCCAUCCAAUAUGAAAUCAACAUCCCCUGGUAGGAGAGACAUGCAAGUGCAAAACCAGAAACGAUAUGCUCCUAUGCGGGAAAGUCAACCUCAUGUGAAACAGUUGUCAAAUAGGACUGCCACGCAAGUGCAUGCCACCAAACGAUCUGCUACUUCAAGUCAUGAUCAGGCAAAUAUUGAUGACAUAAACAUGGAUUGUGAAGCAAGAUCUGGUGGUUCCGUGCCUAUGAUGCAUGAAUGUAGAACAAGUGAAUCAGUAAAAGUAAAAAUGGACUCUCUGAUUGAACACAAAGCUAGAGAAAAGAAGAUAGUGAAUGCAGACAAAGGAGAAAUUAAAUCUCAGACUGAGCUUGAACCUAGGGAAAAGGGGACCUUAUGCACUUCAGAUGAAGAUAUUGGAUGCAAAUCAGAAAUUGGGAGUCUGAACCAGAACAAAGAUGUGAUUGUCACCAUGGUUUCAACUGUGCAGUAUUCAAGACGCCCAGCACCUACAAAUUGUUGGAGGGGAUGCUUUCAUGUCUUCAAUGCUGGAGAAAAGCUAAAUCUUGGUGAAUUUAAAGCCUACUUUCCAUCAAAAGUGUCAUCCAGAGUUAUUGAUAUUGUCAAGAUGAUGCCAACUGUUUUACAGCUGGAGUUAUUACAUCGAAUGGAUGACUGGCCAAAAUCUUUUGAGACUAUGCAUCCAGUUCAUGAAGACAUUGGCUUGUUCUUUUUUCCUAAUAAACCUGAUGGGUGUGAAAAGAAACACUCUAAUGUAUUAGAAGCUUACAACAACUUUGUUCUAAGGGCAUAUAUCCAUGACAUAAAGUUGUUGAUAUAUUCCUCGGAAGUGCUUCCCCCUGAUUCUCAGUGGAUAGAUGGUGAGAAUUACUUAUGGGGGCUUUUUGUGAGUUCAGACGGAAAGAGUGGUCCUUCGUGAUCUAAUUCAACUACUACAUGAUCUAUUUUCCAUGGACAUGAUAGUAAAGGUAAUCAAAUACAGUACAGAGAUGGUCAAGUGGAUGCUCCGUUACAUUUUCUGUACCCAUCUGAUACUGACGGAAGCGAGGAAACCUGAGUUCUAUGGUUUAGAGCAGUUUGGGAACCCCAUUUUUACAAGGGAAAUUAGUUCAUUUUUCUUUGAGAAAAUAGAAAUCCCUUGGAAAAAUGGAGUUCCCAAACUAGCCAAGAAUUCCACCUUGCUGGUCUAUAACAGUUCAGAUUCCACCUUGCUGGUCUAUAACAGUUCAUGCUUUAGUUCGGAUGCUGAAACUAGCUCCUGUAAAAUCAGUCUAACGAACUCUUGCAGCCUGCAGCUUGCCCAUGAGAAGUUGAGAUAUAUCCACCGUAUGCCACAUUGUGUAUAUUGAUUGUCAGAUGCUGAAACUGAAGAUUGUAGGGUGCUGCGGUGUAAGAUGUGUAAAAGCGGUCAUGUAUGUAUGGUUCUAAAGCUGUCUGUAUAAAUCCAAAUCGCAACAUGCCAAGAUGUGUCUUUGCUGCAGCUCCAUUGAUAAAUCGAUGUGAGCUGCAGUCAAUUGUGGCUGUUUCUUUCAUUUUUUUCCCUUGUUUCUAUUUGUUGGUAGAGAUGAACGAAAUGUUCUUGACUCAUCGGCUCA